AUGCAGAUUCAGGAUGAUCCCUCCCUGAAGUGGCCAUCGAAGCUGAAAUCUGAUCCCUCAAGAAGGACUCGAGACAAAUAUUGCAGGUUCCAUAGAGAUUAUGGGCAUAUCACGGAGGAUUGGAGGCGAGAUAAUCAUGCACCAAAACAACAACCAGUAGGUGAGAUCAGAGUCAUAUCCGGAGGGUAUGCAGGAGGAGGUGAAACAGCUACGGCCCAAAAAACUUAUGCAAGAAGAGCAAUAGCAGAGGUGAAUGAGGUGGGAAUGUUCAACUCUCCAUCAAAAACACUAAGGUAUGCUGAUACUACCAUUAUGUUUUCAGAGGCUGAUGCUAAAGGGAUCCAGCAACCCCAUGAUGAUCCUCUAGUUGUCUCCAUGGUCGUAGCUAACUACACCAUAACGCGUAUACUUAUUGACAAUGGGAGUUCAGCUGAUAUAAUAUUUUCCCAUGUAUUCGACCAAAUGAUGAUAGGCCGGGAAAGGUUACGACCCAUGACUUCUCCUCUCGUGGGGUUUUCAGGAGAUAAGGUGUAUCCAUUGGGAGCAGUUACCCUUCCAGUGACUGCAGGAACCAGCCUAAAGCAGGUCACUUUUAUGGUUGAUUUUAUAGUGGUGGAUUGCCCUUCAGCGUAUAACGUUAUUCUUGGGAGGACAGCCCUAAACUCUAUUAGAGCCAUUACUUCAACUUACCACCUUCUCAUGUGUUUCCUAACAGAGCAUGGGGUGGGUGAGUUGAGGGGUGACCAAGCCACCGCUCGGGAAUGCUAUCUCACUUCUCUCAGAGAAAAGAUGUCCCAGGAAACUAUAAUAAUUGAAGGGUUAGAGGUAAGAGGCCAGAAGGAGGUAGAAAAGCAGAAAGUUCGACGAGCUGAACCGAUGGAAGACCUACUGGAGGUGAGCUUGGAUGAUGAGGCUAAGAAGAAAGUGAGCAUAUGA